UUUGGAUAGUUUAGCGGAUACGAAAGGAUUGCCCAUUGCGGAUGAAGUGCUGCAACAAAAGUUGAGACUAUUGUUGGACUUUGAGAUCAUGCCUGAGCUAUCGUGGCUACCAACGAAUGCAUGUGGGAAUUGCGCUGGAACAAUAGAUAAUUUCAUUGGGUUCAGGCAGAAAGUUCGCACAAACCAAGACUAUUUGUACUCACUAAAAGUAGAAGAAGGCCCCAAUGGGGCAGUGAGUUUGUCGCAGGACGUGAAAGCAGCACUUUCGGAAAACAUUGAUCAGUUGCCUUCGACAUCCAUACCUACCCAUUGUCUUGAGGUAACUUACGAUUCUGUUAAGGAACUUGAAGGAGGCAACAAUUCAACGGCUGGAGUAGCUUCCGUAAAUGACGAAGUUGUGGUGAAAAAGGAACUAUCAUCUGAUGAAGACAUUGUUUGUAAUAGCCCUACGAUCCAGUCAGACAAUGAAGAUUCUAGCGAUCCUUUGAGCGAACGAAAGAAGAAAGCAAAGCGUGGUCGUCCUCGAAGCCGUCGCUCUAGUUCGCCGUUGGUUGCUGCCGAUAAACAAAGGCGACGGAAAGCUACACAGGAGGACGAACAACGAUUGAAGGAUUUUUAUCAUCUGGCCUGCGAAGUUUGUGAAACAGUUUCGGAAUCGUUUUCCGAUCUUCUCGCCCAUUAUCGGACAGAGCACAACACCGGGGGUUUUGUACGCUGCUGUGACCGCACGUUCAAGAAGAAAUAUCUAGCCCUUGAACAUCUGGGUGGACAUAUGGGCACAAUAAGGUGCGAUAUUUGCAGCAAAACGUACUACAGCGGUAAUUCGCUUAAGCUGCACAAACUCGAACGACACAGCGGUCCGGAAGCGAAGCCGUUCAAGUGUGAUAAGUGUCAUCAGUCGUUCCCAAAGCCGUACUUGCUGAAAUCCCACCAACAGCGCCAUAAGCAGGAACCGUGUCCGACGUGUGGCAAGAUGCUGGGAAACCGGAGUGCUCUGAAGGUGCAUAUAGCAACGAUGCACGGGAACGUACCAAAUCUCAUUUGCGAUAUCUGCGGUAAAGAAAUUGGCACCAAACAGACUAUGGAACGCCACAUGAAUAUGCACAUGGGACGUGACACCGUCGAGCGAGUUCAGUGUGGCCAGUGCCAGAAAUGGUUUAAAGGAAACUAUGUGCUCAAAAAGCAUAUCCAACACAUGCACAUCGAACAGGGUCAAACGUUUCAGUGCGAUAUUUGCCAACAAUCAUACCCCAACAGUCGCUCACUAGCGACGCACAAGCAGAGUACGCACGGUGAAGAGAAACAUGAAUGCGAGAUCUGCGGGAAACGGUUUAAGAAGAAAGAUUCCCUGCGAGACCAUUUUGCAGUUCAUACCGACAAGCGGCCGUACGCCUGCGAGUUUUGCGAUUUAACUUUCAAGUUCCACUCAUCCAAAUAUUUCCAUCGCAAAACGGCACACCCAGCCGAAUUGGCUGCCUUGAAACAAGCGAAGAAGGACAAAGAAUUGCCCGAAAGUAAACCACACUAGAACCAGAAAGCUCUCUCAAUUCUCAUCAUGCUAUUUAUUAAGUUUCAUUUUUAAAUGUAAUAUCAAAUAAAAUA